AUGCACUGUGCGUUGGCGACAAGCUUGGGAAAGUACGUAUUCGAAAUGCACUGUGCAAAGGCUAAAAAAUGUCCAUGCACUUUAUGAAAUUGCUAAUAUCAGCAUGUCGGGAAAAUAAUGAGCACAAUUUUCAGUGUUGGGGUGUUCUUUACUAUUCAUGACUUUGACAAAAUCCCCGAAGUGGACGAAAAGUUGUGGAGCAACAAUCAAAUCUUGCAAGCCACAAACGUGCUUUUCGAUCAAAAUGUUGGCCAAAAAUAUGUUUCCAAAAAUUUCGAGGAGGCCGACGCUCUGCUCCGGUACAAGACGCGGUUCACUUACUUUACGGUCAUGGUCCUGGCGGACGAUUACUCGUUGCUGGAGAAGGAUGUGAAUCGCGGGAAUGGCAGCUGUCUGCUGGUUUGUGAGAGUAAGUUGAGCAGGGAAGUGAUCAAGGUGUGACGCUCAAAAUUUUUUAAAAUUUUGCAUAUACAGUGAUGGAACUGAUCUAGUGGCAAAAAACGUACCAUUUUGCUUCCGGGAGGUAUCAAAAAAUGUGGCAAAAUGCCUCCCUCACCAACUAAAAAAAAUCUGCUUUGAAGGGCGCAUUUUCCCUCACAAAAAGAUGAGUUUGAAAUCGGAGUUUUUGCACUUCAAAAAGGAGGUAUUUUGCUACAUUUUUGAUACUUCCAGGAUGUAAAAAUUCAACGAUUUUUUUGAAAUUUUACAGUGGCGGACCUGAUCCAGUGGCAAAAAACGUACCAUCUUGCGUCCGGGAAGUAUCAUAAAAUGUGGCAAAAUACCUCCAUUUUCAAGUGAAAAACUCCGUUUUGAGGCGCGCUUUUGAAAUCGGAGUUUUUGCACUUCAAAAAGGAGGUAUUUUGCUACAUGUUUGAUACUUCCCGGAUGCAAAAUGUUAUUUUUUUGCCACUGGAUCAGGUCCACUGUAUAUAAGUCGGGAAUAGAUCCCUAAAAGCUUUAUCUUGCGCUUUCCAGGCGCCGCUGAGAGAGUACGCGCAAUGCGGAGAGUGAUCAGAGAAAAAAAAACAAUUCUUGGAUAUAUCCUUCCCAGUUUCGCUUGGAAAACAUAGAUUUUGCUUAAGUCUUCAUCCACUCUUUGAGCGGCAAAGGUUCAAUAGCGCUCACUGCUUUUAUACAUGUAUUAUUAACCUAAAUUUUUUCAGGAUUCGACGCCAUUUUCAACGCUUCCGUUGGCCAUCUCUAUAGCAAUUGGUAUUACAGUAUGUCAACAAAAAUGAUCCAAGUGGAGACGUCCCUCAAAGAACUCCUGAUUCUGGCCGUCCGUGAGAUCCACAUGCAUCCAGAUCUCCUCGAGGACAUGAAAUGGCUAAAUUAUUAUACUAGGGCUCUUGAGCCGGUCAGAAACUUCUUUUUAUUCAAGGACAUUAAAAUUUUUUGA